UGUCUGGCAGCCCUGUUCAAUCAGCUGUUCCGUUUUGUUUACAAUUUUUGCCUCGCUACUUUACAUAACAAAUUCGGGGAAUUUCAACAAAUAAACACGAAAUGGCGCUGUUCGAGAUGAAGUGGCUGCGUCGCUGGGUGCGCAGGAACACAAGCCCCAUACCGGAGCACCGGGCGGAGCUGUGGAAGCGGCGCCUGAGCAUCGGCUACGCCGUUUUGGCCUGGCAGGCAUUUGGCCUCGUCUGCUACAUGGUCUACACUGGGCGAAACGAUUGGGCCAAGUUCUACGGCUACAAGACGGAGGAGGAGGCCGCCUUGUCGCCGGCACAGCAGUUCGCCAAGCACCUGAAGGUCGAGGGCACCGGCAAAAUCAUCCGCUUCUCGGGAUUCCACAAGGUCGAGGAGGUGCCCUUCGAUGCCAGCGAGGUGCAGCGGGUCAAGGAGUAGCUGGAUAUUCCUCCUCGCAACUAGAAUUGGAGUAAUUUACCUUUCUUUUU